AUGUCAUCCCGAACCGCCUCCAUUCCUCAAUCCGCAUCCAAGCAAUACCAUGCAACCAACUCUCCUUGGGAAGCGAAGAUCGGCUAUUACCGCGCCGUCCGUCGUGGUCCCUUCAUCUUCGUCUCGGGCACCACCGCCGUCGAUCCUUUCUCUUCCUCUCCAGACGCAAAAGUGCUCCAUCCUGGCGACGCUAAAGCCCAAGCCCACGUCGCAUUCCAACAGAUCAUCGAAGCCAUUCAGGCGCUGGGUGGACGUGGUGCAGAGAGUAUCGUACGCACCAAGAUGUUUGUACAGAAACAGGAAGAUUGUGGUGCUGUGGCAGAGGCGUUCAGCGAGGUCUUGGGAAAGCAGAAUGGGAGUGAGGUUGGAUGCGCGGCUACUAUGAUUGUGGUUGGUGGAUUUGUGGAUAAGGAAAUGCUUGUGGAGAUUGAGCGUGAUGCUAUGGUA